AGUCUCUCUCACCUAAAACCGCUAUCACAAAACCACUCCUCUUCCUAACCUUCCCUCCAUCUUUCUCUCUCUUUACGCUUACAGUGAACCCCCAUCGUCACCAUCGUCGUUUUUCUCUAAGCUCCAUCGAUCACUGUUGUUCUAUCUCUCCCUUGCACAAGGUACCUGGAAAUGAAGUCGUUUUGUCGUUUUAUCGUAUGGAGCAUGGAGUUGUAGUCUUUAUCAGAAACGUCUCUCUUAGUUAUCUAUAUCUGUUCUGUGAAGGACAAACAUGGCCUUUCACCACGACCACCUCUCACAAGACCUUCCUCUCCAUCACUUUUCACAACAACAACAGCAGUUACCGGAGAUUUCCAGUACUGCGCCACCACCGAAUUGGCUCAACACCGCUCUCCUCCGCAACCAACCGCAGCAGCCACCACCAUCGCAACAACCUCCAAACUUCUUGGAUACUAACAACUUCCUGAACCUCCACACCACCGCGAAUUCCGACUCCACGCCGUCUCAGUCCUCCAACCAAUGGCUCUCCCGCUCCGCCUCGUCACUCCUUCAUCGCAACCACAGUGACGUCAUCGACGACGUGGCCGCUGUUGCCGCGACAGCCGGCGACUCAAUCAUCGCCAACGCAAUCUCUCACGACUCCGCGGAUUUGAAGAAUAACAUCAACGCCAAGACCAUGAAUCACAAGAGCGACAGCGCGGUGGAGAGUGGCGCCGGAGGCGUUGCAGAAGGAGUGGUAAACUGGCAGAAUGCGAGGAAUAAGGCGGAAAUACUGUCGCAUCCGCUGUACGAGCAACUGCUGUCGGCGCAUGUAGCGUGUCUGCGUAUAGCGACGCCAGUGGAUCAGCUACCGAGGAUCGACGCACAAUUGGCUCAGUCGCAGCAUGUGGUGACCAAGUACUCGGGCUUGGGCGGCGGGGCUCAUGGAAUGGUUGGUGAUGAUAAGGAGCUUGAUCAGUUCAUGACACACUAUGUUCUCUUGCUUUGUUCCUUUAAAGAACAACUGCAACAACAUGUCCGAGUGCAUGCAAUGGAAGCAGUAAUGGCUUGCUGGGAGAUAGAGCAAUCACUACAGAGCUUAACAGGGGUUUCUCCUGGUGAAGGAACGGGUGCAACAAUGUCAGAAGAUGACGAUGACCAAGUGGAUAGUGAUGCUAACAUGUUUGAUGGAAGUUUGGAUGGCGAUAGUAUGGGAUUUGGUCCCCUAAUUCCGACAGAGAGUGAGAGGUCCCUGAUGGAGCGUGUAAGGCAAGAGUUGAAGCAUGAACUAAAACAGGGUUACAAGGAGAAAAUUGUAGACAUCAGGGAGGAGAUUUUGCGCAAGAGAAGAGCAGGGAAACUUCCUGGCGACACCACGUCGGUUCUGAAGGCUUGGUGGCAGUCACAUUCCAAAUGGCCAUAUCCUACUGAAGAGGACAAGGCAAGGCUGGUGCAGGAAACCGGUUUGCAGCUAAAGCAAAUAAACAAUUGGUUUAUCAAUCAGAGAAAGAGAAACUGGCAUAGUAAUCCUUCGACUUCCACCGUCUUGAAGAGCAAACGCAAAAGAAGUAAUGCAGGUGAAAAUAGCAGCAACCGUUUCGUUUAACUGGCCCAAUAAAUCAACAAUUGAUCUCUGCUCCAGGCUUCCAAUCAAGUAAUGAAUCCAACAAACUACAUUCAUGGAAUUGGAACGAAUAGCUUCUGUAAAAGAAGGAUUAACGUAGAAGAUGGAAGGAUGUGAUGAUGAAUCCAAUUUGUGCCAAUUUAGAGGUAUGCUAAGCUCAGAAGACACUUUAGUAUGCAAAUUUAUUAGGGAGUUUCGGAAUUUCAAGUACUUUACUAGUUAUACCGGAUCGGGUAGCGUGGGAUCCAUUUGGCAAAUUAGUGUUUGUUUUGGUUUACCACAUAUAUUUGUGUAAAAUACUGGGGUGGUCAGUGUACAGUGUAAUAAUUUUUGUAUCGUUUCUUCUAGUCAUAUACCAGCGGUUGUAGCCCCUUUUUUCCCCUUC